AUCACAUGUUUCCAGCCUAUACACAAAGUUGGGGUGUCUUAAGAAACACGCAGAUGUGAGAUAGUCUGCCCAAAAUAUGUCAGCGAAAACUCAUGCCUCCUCCGGCAAGACUACGAAGAUUAAUGACACGAUAAAUGGGGAGAAUGCGGGACGACGUAGGUCCUCUGCUAUACUUCGAGAUGACAUGGUGAACAUACUGAUGUUUAUUCCCAACCUGAUUGGCUACGCAAGGAUACUCCUGCUGGUCCUUAUGUUUUAUUUCCACGAGUUGGACCGAAAAUGGCUUGUGGUGGUCACGUAUCUGGUGUUCAGUGUAUUGGACAUUGUAGAUGGAGCCGCUGCACGCCACCUUGACCAGAGAUCGCAAUUCGGUGCGUUUAUGGAUGUGGUGUUGGACAACUUUGGCCGAAGUUUUCUAUGGGCUGGUUACAAUCCAAUUGCGGGUGCUGUGUUUGGGUCUGUGGAGUGGAUGACCUUUUCAUUGAUACAGGUAGCGGCCAAACAGGGCAUGUCCGACUGGAAAACCAAGCACUUUGAAGAAGCACCAGCAUUCUUCAGGUAUCUCAUGAGCAAUAACCUUAAGAAUCCACUGGGUACCUGGUGUAUGGCGGGGCAGUUUCUGCUACCGUUGCAGUUGUAUGCCGGACGCUACGGUCUCGAGGUACCAUUCAACCAAGCGGUACUGAUCAUAAUGAUAAUGGGGCGUGCACUGGGGUUGGCAAUCGAGGCGUUCGUAGUGUACGGUGCUGUCAAGAACAUGCUCUCGGAGGAUGCCACAGUCAAUCGGCUCAAGUCAAAGGGGAGUAGCACAUAGCUGCCUCUCAGUGGCUGGAUAGUUGGUUUGUUGGUUGGACAUCGUAUAUACCACGUCGGCUGGUGGAUUCUACGUUCAUAGUGCUGGUGUCAGGUGAUGGUGCUUAUUCCAUCUAGGUUGAAAUAGGUAAGAGCACUCUUCCCACAAGACGCUAUGAUUCAGAGAAAAAUCUUUCUUUGCAUGGCAGAUACACCUGUUCGAGGCUUGCGUAUCUUUUGUGGCGUACUGCCAUUACUAAAACAAAUCUCGCUCGCAGCCAUACAUGUAAGCCGCCUACGGACGCCAGUCUUCAAACACGAAUUCUAGUGUUUAGUACACAACGUGAAAGUAGCCGUUAUUGCCCUCGAAAAAGGUCACUGUCAGUGCUUCUUCUGCUAUAGAAACUUUGCACCUAGUAGAAUGUGAGACUCUGUGAGUACAUUCGACUAUCAAGCGGAACCUACACCUGUGCAUACUACCAGUGUGCUAUUCAGAGGAGUGGAGUGUAGCGUCUACACUGGAGGAAUUUGGAGCAAUAUCAUGGUAUGCACGCUCUGCUGAUGCCGAUAAACACGUGUGCUGUCUACAGUCCGGUUUGGGACGCGAAUCUUGGACAGCAAUAAGUAUUACUCUUUAGCAGUAAGAAUGGCCCAUUCCAUGGAGCCUCAGGGUACAUAGACCUUCAGUAGGAGAGUCUUUUUACACACGGACGAGGGUGUCCCUUUAUGCACCGCCUCUCAGUAUGAGAAUGUACAUAGACCCUCAGUAUGAGAGUUUCCUUACACACGGAAAAGAGCACCGCUCAACACCUGACUUCGGAUGUGUAUCUUGUAACUAAUAAAAUCUUGCACACACAUCUACAAAAAUUACAUCGAGCAACACACAGACAGAUUUAUCGAGUGAUAGGGCAAGCUGGCAGAGGAAGAGCGGCUCAAGCCCUUGUAAUUGAAGUGGGAGAGCAAAAAGCGGUCCAGGACUAGUUUGACACCCCUGUUACCACUAUAAAAGGAAGGUUUUUUAGGCUGAAAGUGACACAAGAAAUCGGUCGGACACAUAAGUUUGUGCCGAACCUAAUCUGCUGCAAUUGAUUCAGUGAUUGCGAUAAGUUUCCGCGGCCGCAGCUAAUACAGUAUUUGAGCACGCGCACGCGUAAAAGAACCGACAGACAGAUAUUGUAAUUGGCGAAGAUAAUAAUAAAUAACUGAACAUGUAUGGAGCGCA